UUAGUUUUCCUUCCAGCAAUGGGAGCUCAGACUGGAGCAACACUCCUCCUCGCCAGCCUCCUCCUUGCUCUUGCGGCCAUCACCAGCAGCAACACUGAAGGCGACAUACUUUACGCGCAAAGGCAGGCGUGGAAUGACCCCAACGGCGUGCUACAGAGCUGGGAUCCGACCCUUGCCAAUCCCUGCUAUUGGUUUCAUGUCAGCUGCAACAACGAAAACUCCGUCGUCCGAGUGGAUUUGGGGAAUGCAGGCAUCUCAGGCCCCCUCAUUCCUGAACUGGGCCAACUGAAGAGCCUUCGGUACCUGGAGCUGUAUGAGAACAAAAUGAGUGGGCGAAUACCAGCGACCCUGGGAAACCUGAGGAGACUGAUCAGCCUUGAUCUUUACAGCAACCAUCUCACUGGGGCGAUACCGGGCUCGCUCGGGAACAUCGCGUCGCUGUGUUUCCUAAGGAUCCAUCGGAACAAGCUUGCAGGAGGUAUACCAGCGUCGCUGGGCCGCCUGACAAAGCUUCUCAGGUUGGAGCUUCAGGAGAACAUGCUGACCGGCACGGUGCCGCUGGAGGUCCUGUCUCUUGUUCUUGUCGGAGACUUGACUAAGCUAGAUGUUGUGGAAAACAAUCUCAGCGGCACUGUCAGAUCAUGUAAACAAAGAGGUAGGGUGCAUUUUAUUUGUAUACUUGUGUUGUACAGCUAGAGGUUUGGUGCUUUGUGCUCACAAGAAUUUCCCAAUCGGCGUCAUCCAGUACACGCUCAAGUGAAACUUUUUCCGUUCUGUAACUG